UGAUGUUUGAGUGCGCGACAUACGCUCGCGUAGCUGUCGCGCAUUUGGCACGCCUUUCAGGUACGAGCCAUAAAAUUUCUUCAUGCGAGGGAAUCCAACGAGGCCCGGGUCGGCCAAUAACUCCUGAAAGAGCUGCGUGUGGCGCCGGAUCACCUUCAGCUUCUCUUUCACAGACACAUGAGACGUAUCCGGAUAGCCCUGAAAAAGCCACGGAUUACCAAAUAGCGCGCGACCAAGCAUAACACCGUCAACUCCGUAGUCGUUGACUUUUUGCUGUGCCUCAACCAGACUUCCGACGUCUCCGUUGCCAAGAAUCAGCGCCGGAGAUCCUGUGGAUUUAGCCAGGGUCACAACCUCUCCGAUUACAUCCCAGUGUGCCGGAACCUUGGACAUUUCAUCGCGCGUUCGUCCAUGAAUAGUGAGCACCUCUGGAUCUGUCCCUAAUAACCGCAAUACCCAGUCCUUGUAGUCGAUGUGGUGGAAGCCGAUGCGCGUCUUAAUAGAUACUGGCAAGUCCCCCGCGCCGCGUUUGCACGCAGCCACAAUGUUCACCGCCAAGUCUGGUUGCAAGAUCAGCGCGGCGCCGCUGCCUUGGUUAUUCACGUUGGUCUCGGGGCACCCCAUGUUAAUGUCGAUACCGUCGAAACCCAGGUCGCGCACGAUCAUCGCUGACUGGCAAUGGCAAAGAAAGAAAAACGGUAAAUACACGAAGAAAAGUGAUCUAUAUCAAAUACUCCCCACCUCGUAAAACUGCUCGGGCUUAGAGCCGAAGAGUUGCGCCACCACGGGCCGCUCCUGUUCCGCAUACUUGAGCGUGGUCAUCAUGCGACGGCGCGAAUUCGGGUCGUGCGUCAGAGCCUCACAGCUGACGAACUCGGUCCACAUAACUGACGGCUUGGCGAUCUCACUGAUGAGGCUGCGGAAGGCUGCGUCUGUGACGUUCGCCAUGGGCGCCACGCAGUACAGAGGCCGCGCCAAUCCCCGCCAGAAGCUGCUCAUGCUCUUCAGUUGAUUGUGUGUGGUGAGAGCCAGCUGUGUAGAUAGUGUGUGGUAGGUAGAGUGAUGGUCACAAAGUUGAAGUUGCCAUUUCCGCAUUCUGUGUGCGUAAAGCAAGAUGGCAAGCAGGAAGAUCACGCGCUGUCGAGGCGCCAGGGGACAGUUAGCCCUUUACAAUCCGCACAUAGUGCCCGCCGAAGUUGCUCAAGAACUUGAGGUGGUGUACGGGUUCCGACCUAAAGGUAUGAAAAGGAUCUACAACGCAGAAUGGCAAACAGUUUGCUCUUUCUUACUGAUCGAUGCAACUGCAGAAGCGCCCGGUUGUCUCGCUGACGUUAUGAUCUCGCAGCGAAAGGGUGAAUUUCCUCCCGUCGCGUUCAUGUUUAUUCAUAAGGACGCGCCAGGAUUUUCAGUGGAGAACGCAUUCGACAGGAAAGAAGGACAAGCUCCACUGGAGAAGCUGUUGAAGGCUGAAAAGGCAUUUGAAAAUGCUUUCGCGAUUGCAGUUCUUCCGAUCCCGCGGUUCACAGAGCUGCAGCUACUCGCCGUCAGCAAUUCCAUGCAGAUCAAGAUUUUCACGGUCUUCAGCUUAUCUAGUGCCGCUAAGAUAAUGGUAUCAGUCCACGAAAAGCAUGCCUUCCAAAUCACCGAGAAGGCAGAUCAGCUCAACGAGCGGAUGAGUGACGAGCUACUCACUCGCAAGCAUGCUAUGGACACGUUGAAAAUCAACUUCCCGUUUCUUAGUGUUGAUGAGUGCGAUAUGCUGCUCGAUUUGUUUGGGAGCAUCGCGUCGAUUGCUCAGGCUGGUGCCGAAAACUUGUUGGACGUGACUGUGCUAAGCACAUCCGCUGCGCAAGCGAUCGAAGAGUUUUUCAGAAGUGAGUAUGUUGUGGAGUAA